GCGUCGAAAACGUAAUCCACAUUCUGAGUUGGAAUUAGAAGGUGCUGUCACUAGGGAAGUGUUUAAACCUAGAAGUGUGUUAUAAUUCGUGUUGUUUUGUGGUUUUAGUUUGUUUUGUGUAGUGAACUAGUUUUUCACGCCGCACCUCAACUGCGGAUGAAUACACAACACUGACGUCAUCACCAGCUUCUACUAUUCAAAGUAUUUCGAGUAGCCGGUGCAGUGUGGCGUUUGUAGUUUUACCGGCCGUGUUUAUUAGUCUGUAGUACAUCUCUUUCCGAAAUGGCUGACCAACUGACUGAGGAACAGAUCGCUGAGUUCAAGGAGGCGUUUUCCUUGUUCGACAAGGAUGGUGAUGGCACAAUCACAACCAAGGAGCUGGGAACCGUCAUGAGGUCACUAGGCCAGAACCCCACAGAAGCCGAGCUUCAAGACAUGAUCAACGAAGUUGAUGCUGAUGGUAACGGCACGAUCGACUUUCCCGAGUUUCUCACAAUGAUGGCCCGAAAAAUGAAAGACACAGACAGUGAAGAGGAGAUCCGAGAAGCGUUCCGAGUGUUUGACAAGGACGGUAAUGGUUUUAUCAGUGCGGCGGAGUUAAGGCACGUGAUGACCAACCUGGGUGAGAAGCUGACAGACGAAGAGGUCGAUGAGAUGAUCAGAGAAGCUGAUAUCGACGGAGACGGACAAGUAAAUUACGAAGAGUUUGUAACCAUGAUGACAUCCAAGUGAGGCGUUGUGGGUAUUCUAAGUGCGAUCAGACCUGCAUUUCUGCUUUCAAUUCUAACACUACAAUGAAUUGGAAAUGAGAGUAGCAAAAACACAAACACUAAAGUGAGCUUUGAUGUUUUCAGUGGUAAUGAUAAGUGAACAACUUUAAUAUGUUCGUGUACAUUUUUGUAAAAAAAUAUACUGUUAUAUAUGGUACAUAAUCUUUAAACUGUGUCCGCAAGAUAUAGCAGCGAGUGAUUUCCGUUCCCUCGAGGAGCCUCCGCUUAGUUAAUCUUAGGAGUGUAGGGGCAUUCACAUUCCUUAAAACGAUCCCAUGGCAAUCGAAUCGGUGGUAUUUUUAAGUUACAAAAUCAUCAUAUAAAAAGACAUUAAAGUGUUUACUUCCUACGAUCUGUUUUUAUUUAUUACUUUCGCUAAUUUUUGUCAGCUCGGCUUAUCGUUUUCUUUGUUGGUGGUAUCAAACGGUGAGGCACAUUCUUCAAUUAGUUGCGACCUUGUAAAACUAUUGUGAAAAAAUAAUUAUGAUAGAAAUGUUAUGUAAUGUGUAAAAUCAAGAGGCAAGUAGAUUUCCGCAACGUUUGGUAAUUGGUUUAGUUUCAUUCCUGUUAAACGAGUUAAAACUAAUAUUUAGAGUACAUUUAUUCGGUGUAAUUUAUUUUUGUAAUUAACAGUAGACAUAUUGUUUCACGUCUGGAUGUAUAUAGCGUAUGGUGUUGGGCCGUACGCCGUACGCUCAGAGAUAGUAGCAAUAGCACUGGAGGAAGGGUGGCUGAGCAUAGGCUAAAAGUUACUCGCUGGUGCCUUAACCUCACUUCAUUCCCCUUGUUUUGGUGCUUUCUCCAUUCAGUUUUGUGUUUGAAACUACUUCAUGUUCGAAUGUAGCCAUUUAAUAAUAAUGCAAGUGUGUUUCUCCUGUGCACUACAAGGUAUUUAAUUUUAAACUUACUUAUUAUUUAUUUUUUACUGCUGUUAUUGUAUUUCUUAACUAAAUUUUUUUAACUUCCAUUUUCAUUUGCUAUGUUUAUUUCAGAAAUAAAUUGUUUCCACAUAUACGAUUA